UUUACGCCUGGAAGCCAAGCAUCGAACAUAUCCACUAGCUCGAGUCAUUGAUAUUCGCUCACGGUUUAAAGUUAACCCAAGCUAGAUAAAACAUUACUGUUGAACUUAACUCUGGUUAGGGUUCGAACAAACCAGAGAUCAAAGUGUUGAUUCGUAGUCAUUCGGAACGGAAAAAUUGAAUGAAAUUCUUGCAGAUCCGGCCUCAACAAUGAAUUGAAAUCUUUCUUGAGCGGGAAAUUCGAGCACCCAUUAUAAGGUAGGCCUACGAAUUGUUUUCCAAACGAAAAAAAUCUGCAGUAUUUUGAAACAUAAGUGUUGUGACAUCAGGCGUAGUUAAAUCUUUUGCAAGUGUUGACAAGACCCGGGAUUUGAAAGUUCCAAAUGCGUUCACUGAGGAUAGAUCCAUUCAUCAAUAUAUUUGGUAUUUUGCUCUGGAGAUCAGCUAUAAUUUGAAAAUUUCUGUAGAUCUCGAAACUUUUUAUGGUUCUUGAAACUUACAAGCGGUUUUGAAAAUUUUGUUCGGUGAGAGGAGGUUUCGAACGAAUCUUCUGUUUUUUCUCCGAGAACAGUAGAGUUUUCAGUUUUAUGGCUUUUUUAAGGUUGGAAUGGUGUGAUUAGGGAUGUUUGAUAUCAUCCGGUAAAUCUUGAAGAAUUAGGUUGAAGCAGCAAGAUUUGAAAAAAAUACCAGGAAACAUUCGUUCGUGCUUUUCAAAACAUUUUGAGUGGUAAAUCUUUGAAGCGGUUGAUGUUGAACUGAGAAACUAGUGAUUUCAUAUUGGCGGAGUUUUGAGCUGAUUAGGUUGAUAAUGUUCCGUUUUUCGGAAAGCCUUUCGGCUUCCUUCUCUUGUGGUUCUGUCAAACACUCGCACGCUGUUCUAGAUUCUUGUUUGUCUUGGGUCUCUUUGAUAGAAGUUGCCAAAUUCUGUGUUAAAUACCUGUGAAGAAAAAUAAUAUUGUUGGUUACUGCACAAGUUAGGGUUUUUUUUCUGUGUUCAAACUUUGUUUGAUGAGACACAGAAGUUUCAUGUAUAAAUUCAACGGCAAUAAGGUCGUGGAUUAUUGAGGAUAAAGAAAAGUUUUUUUAUUAGAGUAGUCCAAGAUUUCAAGGCAAAAUACUUGUAGGGAAGCUUUCAAUUUUUGGGCUUCGUUAGGACUUGAAGAUCCUUUGCUGUAUAGAAUUUUAAAUUCUAGGUCAUUGUUAAUUUCUACAAUAUCAAUACCCGUUCAUUUAUCCAACUAAAAUGUCGAACGGCCGGGCCGAUAAUUAUUCUCGGUCAUUGCAAAGAAAUUCCCAGCAGCAGCAACAGCUAAUGUAUGCUCAAAGAAAUUAUCAGCAACAGCAGCAACAACAACAACAUUUCCUGCAGCAGCAAAACAUUAAACAUUUGCAGGCUCAUGCUGCGCAGUCUGCCAUGCGCAGGAAUCAUCAACAGUUAGAAUCCACAACGCAUGUUGCUUCAGAAGAAAAUCUGAAUGAACCGGAAGAGAAGAUUCUUUCAGAAGAUGUCGGUUCAAGCAUGCAAGAUUGGAAGGCACAGCUGAAAAUACCUCAGCCUGAUUCGAGGUACAGGACAGAGGAUGUUACUGCUACAAAGGGGAAUGAGUUUGAGGAUUAUUUUCUCAAGAAAGAGCUUCUUAUGGGCAUAUAUGAGAAAGGGUUUGAAAGACCCUCGCCAAUUCAGGAAGAAAGCAUUCCUAUUGUUUUAACGGGUAGUGAUAUUCUUGCUCGUGCAAAGAAUGGGACAGGCAAAACUGCUGCAUUUUGCAUUCCUGCAAUAGAGAAGAUAGAUCAAAAUAAGAAUGCUAUUCAAGUUCUUAUGUUAGUUCCAACAAGAGAGCUUGCCCUUCAAACAUCACAAGUGUGCAAGGAACUAGCCAAGCACCUUAAUAUUCAAGUAAUGGCUAGUACUGGAGGAACUAGUUUGAAGGAUGAUAUAAUGCGCUUGUAUCAGACAGUUCAUUUGCUUGUUGGAACACCUGGUAGAAUUCUGGAUCUAGCAAAUAAGGGUGUAUGCAUUUUGAGAGAUUGUACAAUGCUUGUCAUGGAUGAGGCUGACAAACUUCUUUCCCCAGAGUUUCAGCCUUUGGUGGAGCAGCUUAUUAGAUUCCUUCCAAAAACACGCCAAAUUUUAUUAUUUUCUGCUACAUUUCCUGUCACUGUUAAAUCUUUUAAAGACAGAUAUUUGCGCAAACCAUAUGUCAUCAACCUUAUGGAUGAACUUACACUUAAAGGUAUAACACAGUAUUAUGCAUUUGUUGAAGAGAGGCAGAAGGUUCAUUGUCUCAACACACUCUUCUCCAAGCUCCAAAUCAAUCAGUCUAUAAUCUUUUGCAAUUCUGUCAACCGUGUGGAACUUUUAGCAAAGAAAAUAACAGAGCUUGGAUAUUCUUGUUUCUACAUUCAUGCAAAGAUGUUGCAGUCUCACCGUAAUAGAGUUUUCCAUGAUUUUCGCAAUGGUGCCUGUAGAAAUCUGGUAUCAUCAGAUCUGUUCACAAGAGGGAUUGAUAUUCAAGCGGUUAAUGUUGUUAUCAACUUUGAUUUUCCAAAAAAUUCAGAAACUUAUUUACACAGGGUUGGGCGAUCUGGAAGAUUUGGUCAUCUAGGACUUGCUGUUAAUCUGAUCACAUUUGAGGACCGUUUUAAUCUGUAUAGAAUUGAGCAGGAGCUUGGCACUGAAAUAAAGCCAAUCCCACCACAGAUAGAUCAAACUAUUUACUGUAGAUAGGAGGAUGGAAGCCCAGGUAUGUGGCUGUGUGCUAUAGAAGUUGCAGAAUAAUGAGGCUGAAGGUUAGUCUGGAAUUACAUUGAUCUCGAAUUCAACUUGGAAGGCUGCAAAGCAAAUUUUAUAACAUGCAACUUGGCUCCCUUAUCUGGCUCAUCAGAGCUGCGCAGGUGCUCAGUUUUAAGGAUGCGUGUUAUAGCUGUAGAUCACCUAUACUCGCUUCUGCAUUGAAAUGUCAUCUCUUUUAUGUACAGUUGUUCUCUGGUCUUUAUACGUGGAGAACUGUUUGUUGCAGUAUCGUAUAAACACCAUUUGGUGACAUUCUCUGACUGUUCCAGACAAUAGGUUGCUUUCUGCACUAUGCUACAUUUCAUCUGGAUGUAAACUUUUGCUUGUUAGUGCAUAGUAGCCUAAGAUUUUUGUUUUGUCUUUAGAGUUUACAUUUUAGUAUUCGAAAAUGUUUUUAUAGUAGUGAAACAUUUGCAUCUUCCUAAUCCCCUUUUUUUCAUAUGGGAGAUACUUUUUUCUAUUAGAUAGCACGUUCUGCACAUUGUAAUCCUUUAGUUUGCUUUAUGCAUUUGAUUGUUUCUGAUAGUCAUGGUCAGACAUGUCACAAUUAUAUGUUUCUGAUUGUCAUGGUCAGACAUGUCACAGUUAUAUGUAUAAAGUCUUAUUCAUGGUAAGGUCUGUUGGCUCAAUUUAUAAGAGAAUUUGCUGUACAUGCAUAAUCAGUCGCAGAAGACUUGAUAAAAAAAGAGGAUUCUAUUGUAGUGCAGUAUUGAAAUGGGAAAAUAAAUUUGAGUUUUUUUGAGAUA